CAGAAAAUAUGUCAGUGACUUCGUGUUGUGCUUGAGAUACGAGGAUUAUGGCACCGUCUUCUAUCGCUAUCCUUGGUGGUGGUCUGACUGGCCUUUCCGCCGCUUUUCACCUUUCACGUCGGUUUCCAGCAGCUCAGAUCACUCUGCUGAACAAGGACAUCCACUUUGGCGGAUGGGUACAUUCUAGGCGCGCUAAAAUCGUCCUUAAAGACGGUCGCGAAACCAGCGUGCUUUUGGAGGCUGGCCCGCGCACUCUAAGACCAAAUUCAAAGAGCGUUCUCGAAUUGAUUAACCUUUUGGACUUAUCGCCGUCUCUUUUGACUGUACCGAAAUCAUCCCCGGCCGCUCGGAAUCGCUUCCUGUGUCUGCCUGGGACACAUGGCCUCCUUCGCAUCCCUUCAUCUCCGCUCAGCCUUCUUACUUCUGGGCUCUCGCCUAAAUCUUCUUCUUUACAUUCCCCCCUUGGCCGUAUGCUUCUUUCAGCUGUAGCACAGGAGCCAUUUCGCCCAUGGAACAGACCCCCUAUAGUCGAGGACGAAUCGGUGGACGAAUUUUUGAGUAGGCGUUUCGGGAGCGAAUUUGCAAGGGUUUUCGGAAGUGCACUCGUGCACGGUAUAUAUGCAGCGGACUCUCGAGAAUUGAGCGUCCGCGCGGCGUUCCCGUCACUUUGGGAUGCCGAGGAACGCGGUCGUGGCUCUUUGGUAACUGGGUUUCUUCGACCGCCCAGAGUUUCCGCGACAGCGGAGGUCGAUGACGCCCCAUAUCAGCUGGGGGGCGUAGACGAGCAGAUGCGCGGAAUAUCUGUGUAUUCGUUCUCGCAAGGAAUAGGUGCCUUGGUAAAUGCACUCUUGCGAGAGCUGAGGACGCGGCGAAACGUGCGUCUAGUUGGCGGUGUGUCCGCGACGGGACUUCGGAUGAAUCCGAGAACUGCGCAGUUCGAAAUAACAACAUCGUCUUGCGAGACACUCCGGGCAACACACGUUAUCUCAGCUGUGCCUCUUCCGAGUCUGAAAGGGCUCCUCUCACCCAAGAUGCCACUGCCACAUCUGACUGCCAAUCCCUAUUCGUCGGUGACAGUCGUGAACCUCGUGUUCCUGGCGUCUCCAGGGCACACACUACACCCCGUGGGGUUCGGGUACCUCGUGCCCCGGGCAUCAUCUGGGCACGCAGAAAACACGAUCCUGGGGUGCGUUUUCGAUUCUUCGUCAAUGUCGGCACAAGAAGCGCCGUGGAGCGCAGAUAUCGUGAAAAUAACUGCGAUGCUCCGCGAACCUGUGGUCUCGAUUCCUCGCCUUGUAGAGACGCUGUCUGAGCAGUUGGGCGUGCGUCUGCCUGACCCACUCCUCGUGAGGGUACAGGAUAACGCGCAUUGCAUCCCCCUGCUGCGUGUAGGGCACCUCCAGCGGAUGCAGGAGCUGAGCGGAGUGCUUCGGGGAAUGCCGUGGAGCGGUAAGCUGGAGGUGAUUGGCGCCGGCGUGGGGGGUGUGAGCGUUGGUGACUGCGUAGAAGCUGGGAGGCGCGCGGGUAGGAGUUGGGCAUAGGGUUUCUUCAUCACCCUUUGUAUGACUUUAUGUCAGGCGUGCGAGCCGGGUUGCACACUGAAUGGUUUUUUGGUUC